AUACCUUCAGUCAUCAGCUUUCCUUAGCUUAGACAAGACCCAAAGACGUAGGAGUUUACUUGUUAAGGCAAAACUCAAACCACCCCACAAAGAAACAAUAGAGGGUCAUUGUGCGUGUGCUAAAGGCCAGCUAAAGUCAUGUUUCAAGGACAAUCAAGGCAUUUUCAUCCGUUUUCCAUUGACGGGAUCCUAAAUAAUCACAGAGCAAAACCUUGUGAAACAUCUCCUAACACAAAGAUUGAUGAAUGCAAUUUUCAUUGUUCGACAAAAGUUGGAGAACGCCAUCUUUAURAAGAGACAGGAGAAAGGCCCAAGAAGCGUUCACGAUCAGAAGACYCCGACGACGACGAGAUCGAAAGGCACAAGCCCUCAGAAGACGACGAAUACUUAAGAGAUGAUACGGAUGAAGAAACAGCCUUGGAUGUCGAAAACCAGCAUCACUCCGAGCGAGAAACAUGUGAGCAGCAACAAAAAUCAACCGGCAAGAAGAAGAAACGCAUUCUCUUCACAAGGUCUCAAAUCUUCGAGCUAGAAAGACGAUUCAGGUUUCAACAAUAUCUGUCUGCUCCAGAGCGCGAACAUCUUGCUCGAAUGAUCAAUCUUACACCUAUCCAAGUUAAAAUAUGGUUCCAGAAUCAUCGAUACAAGUGUCGACAAAGAUUCAAGCAGAAUUCCCCUUCCGAAAGAGAGCUUGUGGAUUAUGGACAUCAAGGGCUAUCACGUGGGUAUUCCAAACCCGAUCUUGCGGACUUUACAGGUUAUACAAGUAGACAAUGUAACUACCCAAGCUAUCAGGCGAUAUAUCCUAACUGGAGUCAUACCGCUUAUCCUGGACGAAUUUUGCAGGACUUGAGGACAAAUGGUGAUAUUCAUUCCCCAAAUGUAAUAAGCCCUUUAUCAAAUACUCUUUACGCUAUCCGCUCUUCUUAUCCUUUUGCGUUAGAUGGAUUUUAUGAAUAGUUAUAUCAUUAUUUGUGAUCAUUGUUUUGAUUGCAAUACAGUCAAAAGCUAUAUAUAUAUAUAUAUAUAUAUAUAUAAAGAUCCAGUUCAUCAAAUUAUAAUAUUACUUUUAACAGUCAAGCUAGUUAGAACACACAGUGAACAGUUAGGGUUUAAUUAAAAUCAGUGUAAGUGGAAGAGAUUUAUUUUCGACCCAAAGAAAAGGAUUCCUAUCUGCUUGUGUCCCAAUAUUGAUUCCAUAAUUGUAGAAGGUAUUAAACAAUCCCCUUUCUAUCUUUCUCUAUACUUAUUAUUUAAGAGUUAGUUUACCUGUCACACACAUAGAAGACGAAGAUAUGCUUUGGCCUCAAUUACUUCUUCACAUGACCAGGAGUUACCUUUCUUACCUAAAUAUAAUACAUUUGUCAAAUCCAUUAUCUAUCUAUUGAGGCUUUGCACCACCAAAGGAUUGGUCAUUGAUUAGCGUGCUUCCAUUGAGUUUUGGGUGCAUGCUGAAGGAAGGAAGCAUGUGCAGCCAUGACAGAAGGCACAACAAGAGUCUCUUUUUUCCUUAGGAAACUGAAUUAUUUUCAUAAAAACCAGGCAAGACCAGAUUCAAUUGUUCCUGCCUCCUGUCAUGGCUGCCAUCGCUUUAUAUUGUACUCAGCUUAUGUGUGUUAUAUUUCUUAAUUAUUUUUAAGAAAAUGUUAACAUUACACGAGUGCUACCGUUUCCCCUUCCAAUAGGCUACAUCCCGGCUCCAUCUUUAAUGCACCUAGAUUUUUACCAAUAUUAUUUUUAAUUCAUAAUGAAUUCCUAUUUUGAUAAUAUAAAAUAAAAUAGCCAAAUAUAUAGAGGUUUUGCAUCAGCCAUGUUUAAGUUCAAAACAGUAGAAUUUUUCUCCUUUURGCAAUGAAAUCUCAUUUUUAUGCAAAAACACUGCAUUGCUCCAUUCAUGUUUCAUGAGAGUCGUGAAACAACACUUUCUACAAAUGAAAGUAUAGCAAUACAGAGAGUUAUUUAUAUGAUUUUACCAUCGCUGAUAAGUAGAUGAAUAUAAAAGAAAUAGAUAUUUAAUUAUUUAGUAUAUCAAGAAUCUACAAAAAAUCACAAUAAAAUGUAUAUAUUUAACACUGAGGAAUGCAAACAUGAGAUUGUUAUUUUAUAAUUAGUUGUUCUGUACAAAACAUUUUCAAGACAUGAAUAAAAUAUUGCUAAAAAGUUA